AUGGAGCUUUUCGGUCGUUUCCUCCUGCAGACAAAGGAGGUAGAGGAGACCAAGUCCUUUGGCUCUAGGUUCAGGGGAGCAAGUCAGGGCACCGAUUUGGAGGAGUUGUUUGAUCAGUUCACCACUAUCAUUAAGCGGAGAUUCCAGGAGUUCAAUGAAAAAGAUAGUGGUUGGACUCUUCAGCAACUCCUUCACGUAGAUGUAAGGGUAAAUAAAAUCAACCCACUAAAAGCCUCAUCUUAUAUACCAUUACCGAAGGAAAUAGAAGCGAAAAGGGCUGUGUUGAACAUACAAAACACUGACCAGAAAUGUUUUGUAUGGUCGGUUUUAGCCGCCUUUCACCCAGUUCCCCGAACUCAGAACGCCAACCGAGUCCAGAAUUAUCAAUCUUUCGAGCAGGAAUUGGAUGUGUCAGUUGAAACUCCUUCGGAUAAUUUAAAGAAAAAUAAAUAUGGUGAAAAUAUUCCCGAGAAUAUCCUUAAAUUUACGAAUUUCGAACGAAAAUUAAAAGUGCCUUUUGUUGUAUACGCUGAUUUUGAAACUAUUUUGGAACCUAUACAAACAGAGCAAAACGAGUUGGAUCCUGAAAUUUCCUAUACGGUGAAAACACACCAACACGUUCCUUAUUCUUUUGCCUAUUACAUUAAAUGCGAUUUUGAUAAUUCUCAGUCGAUUUUCAAGACUUUUAGGGGACCUGAUGCACAUAAAGUUUUCAUAGAUUGGUUAGAGACUGAUUGUAAAUCAAUCUACAAUCGAUUUAUGAAAAAUAUUGUAUCCAUGUCUCCUCUCAGUAGCGUACAAGAAGCCGAGUUUUAUCAGAUGACACACUGUCAUAUUUGCGAAAGACCAUUUAAUGUAGAAGAUGAAAGAGUAAGGGACCACUGUCAUCUAACAGGAAAAUAUCGAGGUGCGGCUCACUCUGUUUGUAACCUAAAUUUUAAAGUACCUAAUUUUAUUCCUGUGUUCUUCCACAACAUGUCAAAUUUUGACAGCCAUCUUUUUAUAAAAGAAUUGGCUGUGGAGGAAGAACGAUUGGACGUCAUCCCCCAAAACAAAGAAAGAUAUAUUUCUUUUACAAAAUAUAUUAUGGUGGGGGAUGACAACGAUCAGGAAAAGCGACAACAAAAGAUAUUUUUAAAAUUAAGAUUUUUGGACAGUUUUCGAUUCAUGGCAUCAAGUCUAGAUAAACUAAGUCAAAAUUUAACGUCUCAACAGUGUCGCGAAGUUAGGAAGUAUUUCCCUAACGAAGAAGAAUUUAAGGUUAUUCGUAUGAAGGGUGUUUUCCCAUAUUCGUACGUAGAUUCCUUUUCCAAAUUAGACGAUACCAAGCUUCCACCCAUUGAUGGCUUCUAUAACGAACUUAGAAAAGAAGCCAUCAAACAAGGAGAUUACGAGCGUGCAUUGAACGUAUGGAAUUUAUUUAAAUGUCAAACUUUAGGCGAAUAUUCAGAUAUAUAUUUAAAAUCCGACGUACUAUUAUUAACUGAUGUUUUUGAGAAUUUUAGAGAGGUGUGUCUACAAACAUACGGUCUAGAUCCUUGUCAAUACUUCACCGCACCAUCUCUGUCCUUUGACGCGGCUUUAAAAACUACAUCUAUCGAGCUGAAAUUAUUGACAGAUCUAGACAUGAUACAUUUCUUUAAACACGGGAUUCGCGGCGGUGUCAGUCAAUGUAGUGUUAGAAAAGCUAUCGCGAAUAACAAAUUUAUGUCUAUAUACGACGCUUCCAAACCUACUUCCUACAUUAUGUACUUGGAUGCUACCAAUUUAUAUGGUGCAGCCAUGUCGCAAUAUCUACCAACAGGUAACUUUACGUGGCUAACAGAAGAAGAAAUUUCAAACUUAAAUUUUAUGAAUAUCGAUAAAAAUUCUAAUAUAGGUUAUGUUUUUGAAGUCGAUUUAGAGUAUCCGGAGCAUUUACAUGAUUUACACAACGAAUUACCCUUUUGCCCAGAGUCCGUUCAACCAGAGGGAUCUAAAGUUUCAAAAUUAAUCCCCAAUUUUAAUUCUAAAGUUAGAUAUGUAAUUCAUUAUCAAAAUUUACAACAAGCGUUGAACCAUGGUCUGAAACUUGCCAAAAUUCAUCGCAUUUUAUCAUUUAAUCAAUCUCCCUGGUUGAAAACCUACAUUGAUCUAAAUACAGCAAAGCGUAAUAACGCUGAAAAUAAGUUUGAAAAAGAUUUUUUCAAACUUAUGAAUAACGCUGUAUUUGGAAAGACAAUGGAGAACGUGGAGAAACGGGUAAAUAUUAAGUUAGUUACCCACUGGGAAAAUAUUGGUAGAAAGCUAGGGGCAGAAGCGUACAUUUCCAAACCGCAUUUUAAAGACUUGACGAUUUUUAGCGAGAAUUUAGUCGCAAUACAUAUGGCUAAACAGAAAAUCGUAUAUAAUAAACCUAUUUACGUAGGUUUUUCAAUUUUGGAAAUUUCCAAAACUAUUAUGUAUGAUUUUUUGUAUAGUUAUAUUAAACCAAAGUACGGUAAUAAAGCCUCACUGCUCUACACUGACACCGAUUCUCUAAUUUUACAAAUUCAAACCGACAAUUUUUAUGAUGACAUGCGCGAAAAUUUGGAUAGAUUCGAUACGUCAAAUUACUCGCAAAACAAUCCACACGAUAUUCCUGUAAAUUCGUCUGUGUUGGGCCGUAUGAAGGAUGAAUAUGCAGGAAAAAUUUUGUGGGAGUUUUAUGGAACUGGGGGCUAA